AUUUAAUUUCUUAAUCCAAUUACACAAAUCUACAAUUAUCAUAUUUCAUCUUCAAAUAUAUUUUUCUAAAACAUUAUUAUCAUAAUUAAAAAAUAAAUAAAAUUCAAUAAGCAACCAAAAGAAAAUUAUUUCAAAAAAAUGUUUUUAUCAGAAUGUUCGUUUCAUGCCCAUUUCCCUCUUCAUUUCCAAAAGAAAAAAAGAAUGAAUGGGGUCGAAAUGCAAAGACCAAAUUUAGGCAACUUAGAUUAAUUAAGCAAAUUAGAGGAACUAUAAUUUUUUUAUUACAAAGUACGCUGAGAAAUAGGAGGUUAGAUGAGAAUUAAAUACAAAAUUUUAUCUGAAGAGGUGGUGUUGCUCUUUAACUGAGAUAAAAUUAGAUUCUCGAACUACUUGAACCGCUAGAUAUAAUCUUUUAUCUUCUUAAGAAAAGCAUUGAUUUGUCCUAAAUUGUAGGUCUAUCUCCGUAAUACUCGGUUAACUAUUCAUAAUUUGGCUGGCUCCUAAUUCUCUCAUCUUUUUUUGUCCUAAGCAUCCCAUUGUAUUCCAUGCACAUUUGUCCUUAAUUCUUUUCUCUUUGGCAUUUCCAUUUUAUUUCAUAAUUCUAAUUCCUAACACAUUGAUCAAGUUUAUGUUAAAAUUAAUACUAUGAAAUGACCCUUCAUAGUUUUAGCACAAGAUUAUUCCUAUUGAAGUGAAUGUACAAAAUAAAUUGAUCGAAAAUUAUAACAUAAAGAGUACGUUGCGUGAACAUGGUGAACAUUGCACGAACACAUACACGAAGAAAUUCCAUCGGAGGCUCUCUGUCUCCCAAGGCAAGCGAGCUAGGAGAGGUAGAUACGAAAGCUCCAUUUCAGUCGGUAAAAGAUGCUCUUAGUCUUUUCGGUGUACCAUCAUCCUCUCCUCCUCAUGUCAAGACCGUUUUUAACAAAAAGUCGAAACCUCAACCUCAACCUCAACCUCAGGAAGUUUCAGACGAUGAGACACAGUUUCACUUGGCCUUAAGCGAGCUGAAGAAGUUAAAGGAACAACUGAUAGGUGCUGAAUUGAAAAAACGUCAAGCCAUCCCUGAGCUACAAGAGGCUCAAAGGACUCUUAUCGACCUCCAAGAGAAACUUAAAGACGUGAAUGCAUCCAAGAAGAACAUUCUAGAAACUGCCGAAGCUCUAAAGGAAAGGGCUCGGAAGCUGGAAGAAGAUAUUGCCUUAAAUGAUGUUUAUACACAAGAUAUCGAAACCAUUGGGGAAGACUACAGGGCUGCUAUUUUAGAGCUGGAUGCUGUUAAACAACAGCUUAGCAAUGUGCAUACGGAAUAUGAAGCCGCGUUAGAAGCUAAAACAACUUCUUUACGCUUAUUUCAAGAAGCCGAUGCUGCAGCAGAUGCGCAUCGUUUGAAAGUCAGAAACCUGAACGAGCAGAUUGCUACGAUGCAGGAAGCGUUAGCGAAACUUAAGUCUUGUAAAACCGCAGAAGAAGAGCAUCAGAAGGUUAUGAAUCAGAAAGACAAGGAGAUUUCUUCGCGUAGACUUGCCAAGCAAGAGUUGGAACGGGAAGUGCUCGCUCUUCAGGAUGAGCACCGGUUUCUUUUAGCUGAUGAUCAGCAGGCGAAACUUGUGGAAACUAAUGCUGGAAUUUUGUGUCUUGAAGAAAAAGUGUCGAAAGCUCGAGUUGUUCAUUUGGAAGCUCAGAAAGCGGUGAAAAAUGAACUAGAGGUUGCUAAGAAGUCGCUUGAACGGAUAGCAGAGGAAAAUUUAUGUCUUCAAAUGUCAUUGGAAUCGUUGAAGCUCGAGCAAGAACAAGUCGGAAAGGAAUUAUCGGAGCAGAAGGUUAAGAUAGAGGAAUCCGAGGCUUUAGUAAACGAACUCAAAGUUGAAUUGGAAAACGAGAAAAAGGCGCUUGAAUUAGGCCUUACGAGUAAAACUAUUGCAGCAGAUGGAUAUGACGAUAUGCAUGUAUCGAUUGAGCGACUGACAAUGGAAACCGAGAAAGCUAAGAAAGAAACCGAAGAGAUGAAGAAGAGAAUAGAGGAGGAGGAGCAACAAACGUGCAUUAUUAAAGAGAUGAUUGUCGAUAUGAGAGACAAGCUAGCGAGUGUCCUGAAACGAACAGAAGAAGCCAGAGCGGCAGAGAAAGGCGCGCAAGAGGAGAUUAAGGCUGUUAAAGCCGAGGAACCUAGUGUCGAAAUCAGUAAUGGAAUGAUGAAGGUGUCAGCUGAGGAGUACAAUUCCUUGAUGAAGAAAAUUAAUGAAUCCGAAAACUUGGCUUAUAUAGAAAUUACUGGUAAGAUGCGUCAAAUAAAAACGCUUCUGGCUAGCCAAACGGAAGCAAAACAAAAGUUCGAGGAAGUUUCAAAGGAGAUCAAAGAACUCGAGAUGAAAGAAGACGAGGCUUUAAAGGCUGCUGAAAUGGCCGAGGCUGCAAAGAUUGGUUUAGAAGCUGAACUACAUCGAAGGUAUCGAGACUAGGCUCAUAAACGCCUGUUGCAUAGGUCUAGUCGCAAGUAUAAGAUUGCGUAAUAUAGUCUUGAACUAUAGAGCUAAUCGAAUGUAUGUUUUAAGGAAAAUUUUAGUAUGAUUUAUUAUUGAGAUACUUUCAAUCCUAGUUUUUUUUUCCGAGGGGAAAAACACACAAGUAGUUAUUAUAGUCUGUUUUCGGACAAAAAUGCACAAUGUCAUGGAGUCGCGGUUCAUGAAAACAUGAUCACAAAUUUUGAAGUUGCAGCUAGUUACACACUA